UUCCCCCCAAUAUGUUCAACUUGGCAAAAAUGAGCGGCAAAAUGUGCAAAGUAAUGUCACCAUGAGGUCUGUUCCCUGUAGAGGACGUAAAGAUGUUACUUUACAGAAACAGACCCCUUUCCUCUGGAAAAGUGAAUGUUUGCACUUUGAAUGCAAGAACGGUGCCGGACAGGCCCCUUAUUCUGAGAGCGUGAGCUGACUGACCUAAGCUGGUGGCACUUUGGAGCUCUGAGAACUUUUGAUCUCGAGGUCAAGGCUUUGAAGACUUUGCCAGGUGACCAGCUAAACCAGCACAAACCAGCUUAGACCAGCAUAGAAUUCAUGCAGGUCUGUGCUGGUUUCUUCAGCAGGUGACUCCUCCAGGCUCCAGUGUCUGUACUUGGCGAAUGAAAGUCACAACUAAAAUGUCAAGGUUAAAGCAGUGCUAACCAGGACCCUCUAGUCUGACGCAAAUCUGGGCCUGUACGGUGAAAGUGUCUAGUCACAUGUGGCUCGGGGACUUUACUUCAUAACGUUAUCUAAAGAGCUGGGCUUCACUGUCUACGGAGGAGUGAUAAAGCCAGCGAUGGCCUCAACUCCGUCUGCCUCAGCGCUGUCGGCUGUUCUCCGGUGUAAAACACCUCCAGCUUCUGCUUACCGCCUCGGACUGAGCUACGGAGCGAUGCCCUCUGUUCCCAGAGCCGAAACUCCCGAGGAGCCGAAGAGGGGCAGCUCUCGGUGGGGUUCUGUUUUGCCGGAAGCGCCGGUGGAUUUUCCCCUAGUCCCGUCUGUUUCAGUCCGGUUGGAGUCUGCCAAACUUAGAGAGAGAAAGAGGCAGAUAAAGCAGCCGUGUAACCUCCCCACACGCAGGGACUCUGGGCUGAGUAAGGCUACGAGUUGUACCAGCUCAGAAACAGGCAGGACAGCUACACGCGUAGCGCACGAGUCCAGGAUGCCGGAGGCGGACGCUUCAGAGUCAGCGAGUCGUUGGGGUCAAGUCCUCGGUUGUCUUCGGCUGGGUGACACUCUCUCAGUGAGGGUUACCUUCCUUUCUGAGACAGGGAACGUGCUGUGUGUGGGUUGUAAGACGGACCACACAGUGAGCUCAGUGAGCCAAGCCGUUUCCCACCACGACCACCACCAGAUCUAUCUCAUGUUAAAGACCACCCUGCUGCAGCUCACCGCGUUUGUUUCUGAACUUGUGCGAACCAGACUUGGAGCAGUCAGGAGGAAGUGUCCUGUGGACGCUAAUAAGUUGACUGGAUGCAUCAAGUGUUCUUCUGAUCAUGGAACGAAGGAUAAAACCAAGAAAGGCCUGAAACCUGGAACCUGAAAUGGCCACUGCUGCUGAAUGCGUUAUUAUACGUGGUUUAAAAAUGUCAGAAAUGUAAAACAUGUCUUCCAUUACUGACUCAAACUCAUUUUCUGACUAAAAGGUAGUCCACAAUCAGCGAAGCCAAGACCAGGCUGUGUUGCAUCACCUGGGACAUGUUCCUAAGAAUGUAGACUGCUCAAAUUACCAAAGCUGCAAGAGCGCCCCUGCACGACAGAAGCUUUAAAGAAACGCAAAUUCUGCCCCUGGCUUAUUGCUCACCACAAAGUUUGACAAAAUAUCAACAUGGGAUGUAAACCUCCGAUGCACCUACUAUGCUCUCAUUAUAUCCACUAUUUAAUUAAUAUUCAUUUGUUCAUGUUUAUAACUUUAAAGCAAAUCUACUUGUUGCACUUGUGACCUUUAUUUGUUAAGCGUAUACAUGCCUUUGUUUAAGUGAUGAUACUUUGAUUACAUGAAUACUGUUAGCCUGUGUCACAGGUUGUGUCAGAAUGUAUUCCCAUACUAAUGCUGCUUAUUUAAAAUCAAACUUGUUUAAAACUAUGAAGUGAAAUUUAAAGUGAAUCUGUUGUUUUAACAGACUAAAUAAACUUAACUGAACUGAG